AUGGUCAGGCCGUCAGUCCCACUCUUCGUGGAGACCAUUGAAGGUGGUUCAAAGCCAGUCGUGGCGGCCGUUGAGGGUCUUGCUCUAGGCGGUGGCUUGGAGCUUGCUCUGUCAUGCCAUGCAAGAAUCGCUGCACCCAAGGCCCAGCUGGGGCUUCCAGAGCUGCAGCUCGGCAUCAUUCCUGGAUUCGGAGGCACUCAGCGUUUGCCUCGCCUGGUUGGCCUACAGAAGGCGAUUGAAAUGAUCCUGAUGUCCAAGCCUAUCACAUCUGAAGCGGGACUCAAGGCUGGUCUCGUUGAUCAAAUUGUUCCUAGCAAUGCCCUGCUAACCACCGCCAAGGCGUGGGCCCUGGAUAUUGCCAGCGGCAGGAAACCAUGGCUGAAGACGCUGGAGAGGAACGACAGGAUUGAGAGCCUGGGCGAGGCUCGAGCCAUCUUCAAGUUCGCAAGGGUUCAGGCGAUUCAGACGGCUCCUAACCUCACUCAUCCGUCGCGGUGCUUGGACGCCAUGGAGUAUGGCGUCACCCAUGGGGGGUACGCCGGCAAUCUCAAGGAAGAGGAGGUGUUUUUGGAACUUGUGCUUGCUGACACGGCCAAGUCCCUGACACAUAUCUUCUUCGCCCAGAGGCAAACAACUAAGAUCCCUGGAGUCACAGAUCGGGGUUUGAAGCCUCGGCCCCUCCGCAAGGUGGCAGUGAUUGGAGGGGGGUUGAUGGGUUCUGGGAUCGUCACCGCGCUCAUCACGGCUAAGAUUCAAGUCAUUCUCAAGGAGGUCAAUGCCCAGUUUCUCCAGCAAGGGCUGGACCGUGUCAAGGCAAAUUUCCAAGGCAGGCUAAAGAAAGGGAGGAUGACACAGGAGCAGGUGGAUAAGAUUCUGUCGCUACUCAAGGGCACGCUCUCCUACGACGACUUCGCUGACGUGGAUCUGGUCAUUGAGGCUGUGAUUGAGAGCAUCCCUUUGAAGCAGCAGAUCUUCCAGGACCUGGAGAGGGUGUGCAAGCCUGCGUGCAUCCUCUCGUCCAACACGUCAACCAUCGACCUCAACGUCGUUGGAGCCAAGACUCGCUCCCAGGACCGCAUCAUCGGCGCACACUUCUUCAGCCCUGCCCAUGUGAUGCCGCUGUUGGAGGUGGUCCGCACUGAUAAGACCUCCCCUCAGGCCAUCCUUGAUCUCAUCACCCUGGGCAAGACCAUUAAGAAGACGCCAGUGGUGGUGGGCAACUGCACGGGCUUUGCUGUCAACCGAGUCUUCUUCCCCUACACCAUGGCCGCCUGCCUGCUCGUGGAUCUUGGUGUCGAUCUCUACCGUAUCGACCGGGUCAUCAAGGCCUUCGGCAUGCCCAUGGGACCCUUCAGGCUGGCUGAUUUGGUGGGGAUGCAAGUGGGGCAGGCGGUGGGGACGCAGUUCGUCACGGCGUUCCCCGAGCGGGCCUACAAGGCUGCACUCAUCCCCCUCCUCGUUGAGGCCAAACGCUUCGGGGAGAAAUCAGGCAAGGGCUUCUAUCUGUACGACAACAACAGGCGACAGCGCCCGGACCCGGCAAUCAAGGAGUUCGUGGAGCAGGCAGGGAAGUACAACAACAUCAAGCCGGGCGGCAAGCCCGUGGCAGUAUCUGACAGGGAUAUCGUGGAGAUGAUAUUCUUCCCCGUGGUGAACGAGGCGUGCCGUGUGCUGGACGAGGGCAUCGUGGUGCGAGCAUCGGAUCUCGACAUUGCCACUGUCAUGUCCAUGGGCUUCCCCCCCUACCGGGGUGGCCUGGUCUUCUGGGCUGAUCUGGUCGGGGCAAAGUACAUUGCGGAUCGCCUCACCACAUGGUCACAGGCCUAUGGAGCCUUCAGCAGCCUCUCGCCACGCCACAGCAACAGCAGACACAUACUCGCCGCGCUCGUACUUGUCCUUCUCAAACACAAUAAACCCAUCCAAGUCCUCAUACUCGUCCUCUCCCAUGUGCAUCCCCUCUCUCCUCUCCGCCUCCACAAGCUCUGCAAUGUACGCGUUCCGCCUCCUCCUCCCUCCUGCGUUCCGCCUCCUCCCCCCUCUCCUCCCUCCCGCCUCCCCUGUCAUGCCCUCGCUCUUUUCGCUCUCCUCUCCUUCACCCAUGCCCUCGCUCUCUUCGCUCUCCUCUCCUCCCCCCAUGCCUUCGCUCUCCCCCAACCCUUCCCUCUCCUCUCUUCCCACUUGGUCACUCUCCUCUCCUCCUGCUCCAUUUCCUACUCCUUUCCCUCCCAUGUUUCCUCCCCCUUCCCCUCCCAACUCGCCUCCUCCUUCCCCUCCUACCUCUCCUCCUUUACUCCCCCCCACUGCCCUCCUUCUGCUUCCCCUACUUGCCUCACUCCCCCCUACCUUAACCCCACUCCCCUCACUCUUUCCCUCUCCCUUCGCCCCACGCCCCCUCGUCCUCCCCCCAAUACCCCCACCCUUCCGCGCAUUCUUCCUCCCACUCCCUCCUGCAGCCUCCUCCCCAGUUCCAGCCGCCCCAGACUCUUCCGCAGCAGAUUCCUGUCCCUUCUCCUCAUGCGUAUCGCCAACUUUGCUAGCAGAACCAGCGGAACCAGAAGGUUUAUCCUUCCUCAUUGGUUUAUUCUCUGCCUCUGCGGCAUUCUUCCCCAUGCACCACUCCGCUUCUUCCUCAGCCCCUCCUUCCCCUUUUAUUUCCCCCUCUCCUUCCCCCUCCCCUUCUCCCACCACUUCCUGCUCUCCUCCCCCUUCCAUCUCCUUCUGCUGCUGCCGCCCACUGUGCCGCCCACUGUGCCGCCCACUGUGCCGCCCAUUGUGCCGCCCACCGCCUUGCUCCGCUUCCACUCUCUUCAGCACCGGAACAUGGACUCGAUGGUCAGGCCGUCAGUCCCACUCUUCGUGGAGACCAUUGAAGGUGGUUCAAAGCCAGUCGUGGCGGCCGUUGAGGGUCUUGCUCUAGGCGGUGGCUUGGAGCUUGCUCUGUCAUGCCAUGCAAGAAUCGCUGCACCCAAGGCCCAGCUGGGGCUUCCAGAGCUGCAGCUCGGCAUCAUUCCUGGAUUCGGAGGCACUCAGCGUUUGCCUCGCCUGGUUGGCCUACAGAAGGCGAUUGAAAUGAUCCUGAUGUCCAAGCCUAUCACAUCUGAAGCGGGACUCAAGGCUGGUCUCGUUGAUCAAAUUGUUCCUAGCAAUGCCCUGCUAACCACCGCCAAGGCGUGGGCCCUGGAUAUUGCCAGCGGCAGGAAACCAUGGCUGAAGACGCUGGAGAGGAACGACAGGAUUGAGAGCCUGGGCGAGGCUCGAGCCAUCUUCAAGUUCGCAAGGGUUCAGGCGAUUCAGACGGCUCCUAACCUCACUCAUCCGUCGCGGUGCUUGGACGCCAUGGAGUAUGGCGUCACCCAUGGGGGGUACGCCGGCAAUCUCAAGCCUCGGCCCCUCCGCAAGGUGGCAGUGAUUGGAGGGGGGUUGAUGGGUUCUGGGAUCGUCACCGCGCUCAUCACGGCUAAGAUUCAAGUCAUUCUCAAGGAGGUCAAUGCCCAGUUUCUCCAGCAAGGGCUGGACCGUGUCAAGGCAAAUUUCCAAGGCAGGCUAAAGAAAGGGAGGAUGACACAGGAGCAGGUGGAUAAGAUUCUGUCGCUACUCAAGGGCACGCUCUCCUACGACGACUUCGCUGACGUGGAUCUGGUCAUUGAGGCUGUGAUUGAGAGCAUCCCUUUGAAGCAGCAGAUCUUCCAGGACCUGGAGAGGGUGUGCAAGCCUGCGUGCAUCCUCUCGUCCAACACGUCAACCAUCGACCUCAACGUCGUUGGAGCCAAGACUCGCUCCCAGGACCGCAUCAUCGGCGCACACUUCUUCAGCCCUGCCCACGUGAUGCUGCUGCUGGAGGUGGUUCGCACAGACAACACCUCCCAUAGGCCAUCCUGGAUCUCAUCACCCUCCUGCUCCCCCCCACCCCACGCCCCCUUUAACCAUCGCAGCCCUGCCCAUGUGAUGCCGCUGUUGGAGGUGGUCCGCACUGAUAAGACCUCCCCUCAGGCCAUCCUUGAUCUCAUCACCCUGGGCAAGACCAUUAAGAAGACGCCAGUGGUGGUGGGCAACUGCACGGGCUUUGCUGUCAACCGAGUCUUCUUCCCCUACACCAUGGCCGCCUGCCUGCUCGUGGAUCUUGGUGCUGUAACCCAUAAGGCGGUCAACCGCGUCUUCUUCCCAUACACCAUGGCGGCCUGCAUGCUCGUGGACCUGGGGUUGGAUCUCUAUCGCAUUGACCGGGUCAUUAAGGCCUUCGGCAUGCCCAUGGGACCCUUCAGGUUGUCAACCAAUCAGGCUGUCAAUCACGAUUUCUUUCCCGACAACAUGGCGGCCUGCCUGCUCAUCGACCAGGUCAUCAAGGCCUUCGGCAUGCCCGUGGGGCUCUUCAGGCUGGCUGAUUUGGUGGGGAUGCAAGUGGGGCAGGCGGUGGGGACGCAGUUCGUCACGGCGUUCCCCGAGCGGGCCUACAAGGCUGCACUCAUCCCCCUCCUCGUUGAGGCCAAACGCUUCGCAGGGGAGAAAUCAGGCAAGGGCUUCUAUCUGUACGACAACAACAGGCGACAGCGCCCGGACCCGGCAAUCAAGGAGUUCGUGGAGCAGGCAGGGAAGUACAACAACAUCAAGCCGGGCGGCAAGCCCGUGGCAGUAUCUGACAGGGAUAUCGUGGAGAUGAUAUUCUUCCCCGUGGUGAACGAGGCGUGCCGUGUGCUGGACGAGGGCAUCGUGGUGCGAGCAUCGGAUCUCGACAUUGCCACUGUCAUGUCCAUGGGCUUCCCCCCCUACCGGUGA